AUGGGGCAAUAUUGGAUGGUAGUAAACAUCGACAAGUGGCAACAGACAGGAGAUCAGGCGAAGCUAUUCGAAAUAUGGUUAUGGGAGCGCUCAAGCCCAACCUCGGACUCUCUCCUCAAUCGGCUUCUGCCUCCCAUGCUGGAUCCAGCGGCAGAGAACCUUACGAAGGAACUCGUCAAGCAUGUCAAAAGCCCCAUAGAGGCCGGCCUCGGGAGACUUUCUCUCCCCAUGGAACUGCUCCAUAUGAUUUUUGCCAAUAUUGAAGAUAUCCGUGAUGUCGCCUGCUUAUGCAUCUGCAAUAAGACACUCUGGGCAAUCGGCUACAAAUAUGUUCUGAAGAAAAUGGAAGAAGAUCCAACCCGAUGGGAUGGCGACCGCCUUAUCUUUGUUGGCGACUGUUCCGAGGGCUUACCAGAGGGUGUGCUAUCCGCAGAAGAAUUGGCGAAAUUACGCGAAGAGCUCCCGACGUUAUACGACAGCGACAGUGAAGAUGCCGUUGGCUCUGAAAGCAACCAUCCCAGUUUAUAUACCAUCGCAUGUGAGCUGUGUCACAACCGUCAAGGUCAUAGGGACGGCUCGCCUUACGAUCGACGCGAGUGGAAAAUGCCAAGUCCAGAAGGCGAGUGCUAUCGGAAAUUGACGACGCCCUACUACGUCCAGUACGAUGACUAUGCUCUUUGCAACCUGUCCAAGCUCCAAUACGUCCGUGCGGAUAUAGUGACGGAGAUCGUCGGGGAAGCACUUCACCUUGGAGAUGUACUCCUCUGUCAAAUUGGCUGGUCGACCACUUCUUUGCUUCACGAGAGCGGUCUGCAGGAAGGUCCUUGGGCAGGUGACCGCUUUCGGGUCACGACGAUGAAUGAGGUUAAUGGACCUCUGACGAAAAAGGGGGUGUGGAAAGAUGUGAGCAGCGAUGUGAUGAAGCGGGUUGUGGAGAUUUGGAGGGAGGUCCACGGUCCUAAGUGGCCUGCACUCGAGCAGAAGGACGAGUAG